GGGAAGCUUAUGAUUCUUGCAGCUAUGAUUUCUUUCCAAAUCCAACUCCAAGCUUAUGAUUAAUUUCUCUGAUUCUUGCAGCUAUUUACGACAUCUCAUCAUGAAAAGGCUACAAGUGACAGAAGAGUGACGCAAAGCUCAUCGCGCUUGGCGUUUCCUGGUAUACCAAGAUGCUGGAUGAUCAUCAUCAUCGUGAAGAUUUCUGGGAUGAUAAAACAAACUUUACGGAAGCGAAAUUGGUGCUUAUGUCCGCGUCCUGGAGGAGCAAGCCAAAAACAAUCGCCUCAAAUAAAUUGCUCAGCAUGUUGGCCAGAAUGUUGCUGAACCGGAAUCAGUGCAGCGAUCGACAUGAUCUUAAUCGGGCCUCAAAAAAUCUGAACCGCAAAGAUGGAGGACGAGCAUACUUGCUCUUGCAGAUUCUUGUAUAUUAGAUUUAGAGUUUGUCUUUGUUUGCUACUCGCCGAACAAGUGAGUAAUGCUACGCUGUCUGGGUGCAUGUGUUUUGAUGGGGUUGUAAAAAAAGUGUCGGGGACGAGGAUUUUCCUGUGGAUGAUCAUUUUCGACGAGCUGUCGCUGCAUGUGCCGCUGGAGACCAUUUUUUCCUAUCUCUGUUGGAAGGAGGACUUUCCACACGUCAGUUUGGUCUGCAAACGGUGGGCGCAACGCAGCUACUGUAGCGACUUUUGGGCGAGACGCUUUCACGCGCCGACGCAGCACGUUUUGCGUGAGGUAAGCCGGUGCUUGCAAGGAUUGUUUUUCCCGCACCGCCGCCAAGCUAUUCUUCCUGUUGACACACAAGGACAAUACGCGCACAACGUGUCGAACGGACAAGAAAGUCGCAAUCAGGAGCUCGUCGAAGAUUCAGAUUUGUUUCCCUUUGCAGCAGGAGCCCCUGAUGAAGAAGGAGGUUUGAGACAUAACUAUACCACCGGCGGCCUCGGAGUCGGACGAGCAGACGAGGCUCAUAACUCCCAAGCGCCGAGGACGAGCACGCAGGCGCACGGCCUCGUCGGAGCGCCGGAACAAGACGUACCAGACUUCGACCUUGGCUCCUGGGAAUGCGAUGCACACGACCAGCACGAGAUCGACCGCAUUCUGAGCGGAAGACGCAACCAGGCUGAGGAGGCAGUCGCAGCGGGCCGGUUGCUACAAGAACCGAAUGAUCAUAAUCAUGUGCCUUCUGGAAGGCCGCUGCAAUCGGGGGAGAGGUGGUCUGGGGACGAACAUGCGCACCUCUCACGACCCGGGCGAGAGCUGCAAGGCGUGAAUGAACAUCUUCGAGUUGGUAGUACGAAUGCAGCAGAACAAAAUUUCUCGGUGUUUCCACGUGCUACGCUUCACACGUCUGAAGAUGUUGUGGGGACCAAUUCGAGAAGACACCCGCCUCUAGAAGGCGGUAGCGAUGUUGACCAAGAAGUGGUUGUUACUACUGCCACUUUUUCCGCUUUUGCCGAGUCCGCGGUUGAGCUCCGCAAAUCAUUAGACGUGCUGACGCCGCUGCUAAAGCAGCUAACCGUGAGCGCUGUGUGUCCCUUGCCCCAGCUCACCAAGCGCUUACGUUAUGAUUCGGUGCGUGUACGCUUACCAGACAACGCUUUUGCAGCUGGAUUACGUGCUUCGCACGCCCUCGCGCAAGCUGAGGCAUAGCUUAAUUUUACUUGAAGAAGCAUCAGCAACAGCAUCAGCAAAUUAAUACAUGUUGGGAGUAAUUUCUUCGGGACUCGUACUGUGCUGUGAGUUCUCUUCUGGCCACCUAUCGUUCUCGAAAAUGGGCGACGUGAACAACGCAUCAAAACUACUUUGUGCAUGUAUAGGUGUAUCCAUUGGCUUAUUCAUAUAGAAUGAAAAUAGAUUAGAUGGGCAUGGGCUGUCUUUUCUCUGCUUGUGGACGAUCGCGGAGCGCGUGGCAAGCAGAAGCACUAGCACGUGGUAUUUGUACAGUUUAUCCUGCAUUUCAAAAAUUACUUGGAAACGAAUCUGGCGUGGAGACCCGCGCGGUGCAACCCAUACGCAACACGCCCAGUUCCUCGCCGAUUAAGAUGCACGAUUUCGCAUCCCGCGCCGGAGACUCCACCAAGGAAGUGAAAGAACGCCAGCAAUGAUACAACGCAUCUCCCAUUAGACUACAUCUUAGGAUCCGUGCAAAAGCCACUAUGAGUCAGCUCAUUGUCGCGCGGCUCGUCAAUGUCCUUGAGAGGACGUCGUUUUGUUCACGGACGAGGCGGUCUGGCAUGCGUGGCAGAUACGCAUGAUUGUAAUUGCGAGGUUUCCUUCCCGCGGGCAGGUUUUUCAUUCAUAUUGAUAAGCUGCACGACGAGAGGACCAUGGUGCGUGCGGUGAUUAUGAUUUUGGAGGAGACGUCGCGAACGCCAUGGCGCAGCAGGUUCUGUCGCGCCUGCUUGCGUCCACGACAACUUGCAGUGUGAAGCGACAGCGAGUUUGUUAUGCACUGCCACGCCCGUGAUCCCGUCAUCUCUAAAAAUGUCUCAGAAAUGGCCUCGGGAAUGUAAGGCGGAGGCAAUUCCCACAACGCCGGCGCCCCUCAUUGUGGUUGCAGGGAAGAGGGGCACACAAGGCGCCGAGCCGGGCCAUCGCAAAGCAGCUUCCUCGAGACGCGGCGCCCGCUGCCGUAUUUGGCGCAUUUUUGUGGCGCGCAAUGCGGGCCGCGGCUGGCGUUGACGUUCGGGCGCCGCCCGUUUGCCCCUUAUCCCUUUGCCGGCCACCCCUUGCAUAUAUGGACGCGAAGUGCCGCAGCGCCACACUUGCGUCGGGCCUAUCUGUGCCCGCUUUCGUUUUGUCGCAGGCGCGCCGGCGUCUUGUCCGCAGCCCGGUUCGAAGCAUUGCAGGCGCCCCGUCUGCCCCUGCAUUUCCGCCGCCCCGGCGGUUCAGUGCCUGCUCUGACAGGUUGGGACCUACCUUCAGCGGGGUUGCCUCUGUAAGAAGGCAGUGUGCUGGCCUUGCCGCUGUUCCUUUCUUUGUUUCUGUGGCGAAGAACGAAGGGGCGAAGAACUGUGGCGGGCGGAGGGUCCGGCGCAAGAUUGUGCAGGUUUUUGCGGGUAACGAGCAGGGCUGUUGAAGCCCGGCCGGCCCGGCCGCCGGGCUCAGGAUGUAGAAGCUUCGCGCGCCGCAGCUGUCGCGUGCGACCUUGGCCGGCGACACCUACCGCACUGCGUUGAUGGUAGGCGGCCCGGUGUGUGCCUUUGCAGGGGCAGGCCGCUGGCCCCGCGCGCUACCUAGCUGGGCACCCAGGGAAAGGCCGCCGAUUUGGGGAUGUGGGGAGGGGUGGGCCCGGUUUUUUUUUCUUUAGGGAAAUCGUAUGGGGGGGAAGAAGCCAGGGCCCCUCUCGGUUAGUUUUCUCCAAGGAAACCUGCUUGGCGUGUUUCUUACAAGCGCACAACUUGCAGUGUGAAGCGACAGCGAGUUUGUUCAACAUCAACUGAAAAUCAAAAUCGAAAUAAAGAUGGUAUUGCUGGAGGCGAAGCUCGAAUCUCUACAGAUGAGCAGCAGCUCCAGCAAGAGUCACACAAUCAGGGGCAGGGCAGGAGCACCGUCGAGCAUCUUCACUUUUGCGGCGAUAAGAAUAUGGCGCUAACCCGGUAUCGCGUAAACAGCUUUCUAAGGUCCAAAAAGAUCCAGUGUAUGCGACAUCUGAACCCCUGGCGAAUGGAAGUAACUCGCGGCGCGGAAAGUUCUCUCGAGCGGCGGCUGGUGCGCCGUGUAUCGGACAAGCUGGUCAGAACGCUCGGGCUCUGUCCGCCAAUGGCAGCGCAGGGAAGACCACAACAAGCCGCUCUCAUGACAGGCUCCAAUCAGGACGGGCUUGGGCAUCUUGGAAUUUCUGGCACGGCCGCCCAUGAAACGGACGCGGCGGCGCGUCUUCCCGUAGACACAAACAACGCGGCUAAAAAUAUGUUGACCGAGACGCAGCAGAUUCUCUUGCUCGCCACUGCUAUCCUGAACAAAGACGAGGCACGCUCCACGCCAUCCAGAAUAUCGCAACACGGCGCGCAGCCGUCUGUCAGCGUGGUAAAAAAGCGGAUCUUUGAUAAAAAUCAGAAUAAUGAGGACAAGAGGGAAGGUGGAAACGAGGAGAAGGCUCGUAGCCGGGAAGAAUCCACCCCGAGCGAACUGGUGCUGCGCCAGUCUAAUUCCGAAGGGAAAAUCGACCCCGAAGAGCGCCAGUUGCUCAGUGACCUUUCUCGCCAUACGGUAUCAAAGAGAAAAGAAACCGCAAAAGGCAUAUCCAUAUUGACUACACAAACGGACACUACACGACGAAGAAUGAAAAAAACCAUGUCACACCAGAUUGCACCGCAGCCUUCUUGUUCCGCUUGCCGCUCGUGCCCAUCUCUAUGCAUAGAGAACAAAGAGAUGCGCAUAGUCUAGUAACCACGUCAAGACAAAUUGACGGGAUGAUGUGCCGCCUUUCUCUUUGAUACAUGGCUAUGCGAAUACAAUAUCUGUUGACGUUGAGCAUUACGCUCUUUUAGACCAGAAAAUCGGACGAAGUACAUACUUUUUCGCGCACCCGCUGGCAUGGCGGGCCACUUUCGUUUCGCUUUGAGGGCGGCGGGAUGCCCUCGCAACACACCCGGCCCGAGGACCUCGCUGCGCCAUGCAGCGGCUCGGGCGUUGUGGCUUGUCAAAGAGAGCCGGGGCGGCCUCCCGGCCUCGAAGCCCGCCAAGAGCGAGAAGCGCCGCCCCGCCAAGCGGCUUCCCCCCGGGCCUGUCCCUGUCGGGGCGGUGCGCCGCCGCCAUGUUUUCUGCCGGAAGCGCAUGGGCCUGUUUGCCGUACAGGAGGGGCCGGCCUCCGAAGCAGUAGAGCGCGCGCCCCGUGGGUUGGGCCUGCUUCGGCCCAAGCCAACGCCCCCCAAGUUGGGGAUAAUGAUGGGGGGGGCCCGAGAGGCGCGCGCGCCCCCCCUCGGGGGGGGGGGGUAAAAAGGGGGCAGAAUUGGGGCAAUUCUGCCCCCUUUUUUAGGGGGGGCAGAAAAUGGCCUUCCCCCGAUGCUACAGGGGGGGGCAAAAUGGCCCAGAACCGGGCACAUUUUACCCCCCCUCCAAAAGGGGGGCGAAUUGGGCCAAUUCGGCCCCCGCUUUUCCCCCCCCCGGAAAGGGGGGAGGGCGCGCACGCCUUUCAAGGGGCGUGCAAUUCACCCGCCGGCCGGGACCCCGGAUGGGGAAGGGCGCGCCCGGCCGCAGCCAAAGCAAAAGCUUUUCCGGCCCCGGACGGGCUUCGAGUUGGGGCCCCGGGAUGCACGCCGCGUCGGCUGUGCAUCCCCGACUUGAGUCUCGCGCGGGGGCGGGUGGCGAAGUGCUGGCUGUGUGCCGUCGCCUUCCUAUCUAUGUCCGGCCGACCCUUCCCGGCCCCGGCCGCCCCGCCGCAAUGCCGGAGGCUAAUUUUUACGGGGUAAAGCAGCCCGGAACGCGGUCGCGCCUUCGCGCCCCCCAACUUCUUUCCGCCAGCGACCCCCAUUGCACGGGGAUGCGCAAAAAAACAUGUACUUCGUCCGAUUUUCUGGUCUAACUCUUGCAGAAGUUUGAAACGUUAUUGCAGGCAAAUACCUACCUAAUUCUUAGAUGACGUAAAAAAAUUGACAGUUGAGUUGGCGUUACGUUUUUAUGUGGACCGACAUGAUCUAUGGCCUGUUUCGUUCAGCGACUGGAACUAAGUAUGGUAUUUCCGCGAUGAUGCUUGAGUCACGAUGUAGGAAGAUUGCUGUUCCCAAGCACAUGGUUUUAUGAAGCCACGCGCUGGCGCUGGCGCUGGCCUUUUGUUAUGCAUGAUAGCCAUUCACCUUCAAUCUCAGGAGAGCAUGUUCGAAUUAUAUGUAGUGAGGUCACCGAACGGUUCUAACCGGGCAGUUUUCUUGCCAUGAAGUGUCAAAAACGACCGGCAGUUUGUAAUGGUGCUUCGUGUUUUUCCGCACGAAAAGACUUGAGUCGUGCCAUCCUGUUUUGCUUUGCCGUCAACGAAUCGCCUUCGGAUUCUAUCGGUCGCCGAUUGAUAAAACGACGCAGGGGAGCCGGCAAAGGGGGCGCCUUUCUGAGGCGCCCGCCGCUUGGGAUUCUGGCGAUUUGGGGCGCCCAAAAGGGCGCCCAGAAAAAACGCGUCUAAAGCCAGAACAGCGAAACCGCAUGGCACGGCCUCGAUUUCGGAGCAUUUUGGGCGGCCGCGAAAGCGGCCGCCUUUUCGCCGGUUUCUAAUCGGGGGAAGCUUUGCAAAAAGCGCCGGCGCGAAAAAUAAAAACGCAAAAAAGGAAAAGCGCGCCGGACGCGCGAAGCCAAUCCGCAUGCUACGGCCCCGAUUUUUCUUCGCUUUCUGGGCGCCCCCCGCGGCGCCCGGAUCGGCUCCAUAGCAUCGGGGCUGGCUUUCUUAAGGGAAUUUCGGAAAUUUACCAAAAAUAUGUUAUGUUUUUUCACCUGCCGCCACACCGUGCGACAUAACAUUACUCCCGGCGGUAUGGCGAGCCCAGAAAAAGCACAGCGACGGCCGGCAAGAAAGCGCCCACGGCCUCACUACCUCCGCCCCGGCGGCCAUAUUUGGUAACAUUUCGGCACUUGAAUUUGAAAUACUAGCGCACCGCUCUUGGGGCCGGCAGAAAUAGAUAGAAUCUCAACAGCUGUAGUAUGCGACUACCUUUACGAUGGUCCAUUUGCCUGCCAUAAUUUUGUAAGAGACAGAUGUUCUUGUGGCGGGAUGCCGCGCUGGGAUUGCCGAGCACCUACCCCUUUGAGGGGGUCCGAGUAGUUCUGGGGGAGCUGCUUCCGCCCCUGCGUCUUUUCCACGCGUCUCACUCCAUGGCCGUCCGUGCAGACCGAGCGCUGACGCACUUGACUAAAAUCCUUGCACAGGAAAAAAGUUCUACAGCAGGUGGUUACGAGUAAAGAUUCCCGCUGCAAUCACCCCGACAGAUUGACGAACACCGAGGGAACAGAUACUCAUUUCCCUUUAUUAGUGAGUCUUGUGUGAAGGUGAACGCUCUUAUGCACUCCAUUACGUCGAUAGCCCUUCACCUUCUUCGACGUCAACACCAAGCAUGUACUCUGACUGUCACAUAUGAUCACAUUUGUUGUCGCAGGGAAGGUUCCUGGUUCCGGCGGGAUCAGCGCAGCCGACGAUUCUGCAGUGGGACUUGGGACCAUAAAGGUGCAUGAGAAUGAGCAGUGCUGUUAGACCCGAGUCAUCGUUAGUGUUCGUGUUUUUGGUUCUAGUUUUUCUUAAUGCACGAACAUUCUUUGCCAGACCAUUUCGCAAAAGCCAGGACGCACUACUUCAAGCUACUCAGAGCGAGGCUCACAUGAGCUGAACAAGCUCGAAGCAUCACUGACGUGACUGUGGGC